UGGAGGAGGUCAUUAGAAAGUGAGGGUAGAAUCUGAAUCUGAAGCUUCUCUUCGGGACAGAGACUCUCGGAGGAGCCGCCGUGAGACCAACACGUCGUCUGACACCCGUGUGUAGCGUUCCGACCGCCGCGCCAUGCUUCGCCUCGUCCUGCGGCUCCGGCCGUCCGCCGGGCUGCCCUGUCACCGGGUCUGUCCCCGUGUCCUCCCGGCCGGGCCUGCUGCAGCUCCGGGACUCGGCUCUCGCUCCGGUACCGGCUGCCUGAGGCGUCUCCACCGCGGCGCCAGCUCCCGGGCCGCCGUGUCUCUGGGCUCGGGCUUCGGCCGCAGAGCGAGCCUCCUGCGGUGUCCCCAGCCGGCGGCCGGUCAGAGCCAGCGGUUCUACAGCCUGCCGCCGCACCAGAAGGUGGAGCUUCCUGCUCUGUCACCCACCAUGCAGACAGGGACGAUCGCUCGCUGGGAGAAGAAAGAGGGAGAGAAAAUCAGCGAGGGAGAUCUGAUAGCCGAGGUUGAGACAGACAAGGCCACCGUAGGUUUUGAGAUGCUGGAGGAGUGCUACCUGGCAAAGAUCCUGGUUCCUGAAGGCACCAGAGAUGUCAACGUUGGAGCCGUAAUCUGUAUUACUGUUGAUAACCCUGACUUGAUCGGAGCCUUCAAAGAUGUAACACUGGAUUCGAUCAAAGCGGCUGGUGCCACUCCCUCACCUGCUGCCUCUGCUCCUCCUCCUCCUCCUCCUCCUGCUGCUGCUGCUGCUCCUGCUGCCCCAGGCAGCUCUUACCCCACACACUUGAAGAUUGCGCUUCCCGCCCUCUCCCCCACCAUGACGAUGGGAACCGUGCAGCGCUGGGAGAAGAAGGUCGGGGAGAAGCUGAGCGAAGGAGAUCUCCUGGCUGAAAUUGAAACCGACAAGGCGACCAUCGGCUUUGAGGUGCAGGAGGAGGGAUAUCUGGCAAAAAUCCUCGUGGCAGAGGGAACCCGGGACGUUCCCUUGGGAGCGCCACUCUGCAUCAUCGUUGAGAAAGAGAGCGACAUCGCCGCCUUCAAGGAUUACGUCGAGACUGGCGGAGUGGAGGUUUCCACACCUCCUCCUGCUCCAGCACCGGCUGCAGCUCCGGCCGCUGCCGCCGCGCCCGCUGCUGCCCCGGCGGCCGCCGCUGUCCCGGCAGCGCCCAGGAAGGGUCGCGUGUUCGCCAGCCCACUCGCAAAGAAGCUCGCUGCUGAGAAAGGAAUUGACCUGGCGCAGGUCAGCGGCUCUGGUCCAGACGGUCGCGUUACCCGGAAAGACAUUGACAACUUUGUUCCACCAAAGGCCGCACCCGCUGCAGCUGCUGCUCCCGCUCCAACCGCUGCUCCAGCUGCUCCGACACCUGCCGCCGUUCCUUCUGCACAGGCUGGCACCUUCACAGACAUCCCCAUCAGCAACAUCCGCAAGGUCAUUGCUCAGAGGUUGAUGCAGUCCAAGCAAACCAUCCCCCACUAUUACCUGUCUGUAGACGUGAACAUGGACCAAGUGCUGGAGCUCCGGAAAGAGCUGAAUGCGGAGGUGAAGGCUCAGAAUAUCAAACUCAGCGUGAACGACUUCAUCAUCAAAGCCAGCGCUCUGGCCUGCCUCAAGGUUCCCGAGUGUAACUCCUCCUGGCUGGACACGGUCAUCCGCCAGAAUCACGUGGUGGACGUGAGCGUGGCGGUGAGCACGGCCAGCGGCCUCAUCACGCCCAUCGUGUUCAACGCCCACACCAAAGGCCUGGCCGCCAUCAGCGGAGACGUGUCGGCGCUGGCCGCCAAAGCCAGAGACGGCAAACUGCAGCCUCACGAGUUCCAGGGCGGCACGUUCACCAUCUCUAAUCUAGGGAUGUUUGGCAUCAAGAACUUCUCAGCGAUCAUCAACCCUCCUCAGGCCUGCAUCCUGGCCGUCGGAGGCUCAGACAGACGCCUGGUGCCUGCUGACAACGAGAAAGGGUUCGACGUCGCCAGCGUCAUGUCGGUGACGCUGAGCUGCGACCACCGGGUGGUGGACGGAGCGGUGGGCGCGCAGUGGCUCGCCGAGUUCCGCAAGUUCCUGGAGAAGCCCGUCACCAUGCUGCUGUGAUCGGACUGCGGCGGCGUGGAGCCGCGGCAGCAGCCGGGGCCUUCUCACCGGGAGGGGACCCGCCCGGCGCCCGGCGGCGCCGAUCCGCCCGCGAUCGGCUCGUCUCCCACCAGGUCACUCCCAGCUACCCUGAAGGGGAAGAGGCAGAACUCACUCCGCUCACCCGUCUGUCUGUCUCCGCGUUUCGUCUCGCUCUUUCUCGCUCAUUCUAUUUAUUGUGGCCCCGCCCCCCGUCUCUCACCAGAGACCAGGAUUAGGUUAAAGUCCCCCCUAGAGUAGAGACUGGAUACACGUCACUGAAAGUUGGAAGAGUUAACAAAGGGAAAUGUUACAUGUGGAACCAGCGAUCCCAAAUUUGUAUGCGGCGUGUGUGUGUGUGUGUGUCUAUCUACACACCUUCAUGUGUGAUUUCGUGUUAGAAAUGACAGGGAGCGCCGCUCUAUGUGGCGCCAGUCUUUUUAAUCAAAGAUUACGGUUUUUGUCUGCUUGCAGGCAGCAGGAUGGAAA